GGAAAAAUGACAAAACCACGUUGUGGCGAUGAGGGAAACGAAAAGAUACUGCCAAAGAAAACGCGUACACAGUGGACACCUGACAUGACCAAGGCAUUGAUAAAUUGUUAUUCGUCACUAAAAGAGACAUGCAAGUUAAAAGGGGAGAAGUUUUGGUCGCUUCUUUCAAAAGUAAUGGUAGAAAAGGGACAUGAUGUGAGUGCGCAUCUAUGUGAAUCAAAAUGGGAUUCGUUAUGUAGAACCUACAAAAACACCAUUGAUCGGAGUAAACAAACCGGAACAAGUCCGUCAAAGGAGUCAAAGUCGACUUCCUUCAAGGAAAUGCAUAAAUUUAUGUACAAAAGGCCCGAAAUAAAUCCGCCGGCAGUGGCUUCGAGUCUGGCAGGAUACAAACGAAAAGUUUCUUCCAUAAUUGAUGUUAAUGGUAAUGAAAUCGAAAUUUCUCCAAAAAGAUUAAAGCGCGCAAAGGCAAAGAAGCCGGAUGCAGAAUGUUCGAUGAAAGAAAUGAACGAUGAUGCCAAUUUUCGUCACAAAGAAAAUUUGGAGCGAAAAGACGCACUAUUGGACAUAAUGAAAGAUGUCCGCGACUCGUUAAUUAAGAGACGAUAAGUCGAUUUAUUUUUGUUCUCCUUUUACAGCGUAAAAAAUGAAA